CGUUGGUUACGCACAAAGAUAGUUGCUUACAUUACUCUAAUGGCGUGCGUGUGGGGAGAGCACUUAUGUAAAAUAGCUAACCAAUUCAUGAGAAACUGUGCAUGCCGAUUGUGGAGGUACAAGAUUUCGAACGAAGAUCGUUGAGACUAAGAGAUUUCUGGUCUGAAUGUUCCAAGUUCCAGCAAAGAAACGAAAUAAACAAACGAAGAUCAUUACUACUGAAUGAUUUUCAGCAAUAUAACUGAAAAGUGCGUGCCGGAGGCUUGAGCUUAUAAAAUUUAGAGAUCUUCAAUCAAAUGAAGAUUGCUGAAUUGUCUGGUAUAAUCAAGAAUUGUUUCUCGAAGAUUCCACAGUCCAAUUUUUGUUGAUUAGGAAAGGGGAAUUUGGAUUUGGUGAAUUUCUUGGUGAGCAACUUGGAAAUCCUCAGGGCUUAUGGACAGUGGUUUUUCUAAGCACAUUUCGAUUUAAGUAUGUCUUCGUGGGAUAGUCUUGGGGACGUUGCCAGUGUGGCCCAGCUGACGGGUAUCAAUGCAGUUCAACUAAUUUCAAUGAUUGUAAAAGCGGCAAACACCGCAAGGAUGCACAAGAAGAACUGCAAGCAGUUUGCACAGCAUCUCAAGUUGAUCGGGAACUUAUUAGAUCAACUAAAGAUCUCAGAGCUGAAGAAAUAUCCUGAGACUCGAGAGCCUCUAGAGCAGCUGGAGGAUUCCUUAAGGAAGUCAUAUAUUUUGAUCAAUAGUUGCCAGGAUCGUAGCUAUCUCUAUUUGUUGGCUAUGGGAUGGAAUGUUGUUUAUCAAUUCAGGAAGGCUCAAAGUGAAAUCGAUAGAUACCUAAGGCUUGUCCCUCUGAUUAAUCUGGUGGACAAUGCUCGAGUCAGAGAGAGGCUUGAUGAUAUAGAAAAGCAUCAAUGUGAGUAUACAUUUGAGGAGGAUGAUAGAAGAAUCCAGGACGUGAUCCUCAAACCAGAAUCUAUCAAGAACGAUGCUACGAUAUUGAAAAAAACUCUUUCUCGUUCAUACCCAAACUUGGGGCUCCAUGAUGCGCUUCAAAAGGAAAAUGAAAAACUUCAACUUGAGCUGCAAAUAUCUCAAUCCAAUAUGGAUGUUGGGCAAUGUCAAAUAAUUGAACGAUUAUUUGAUAUCACAGAAGCCUUAUCUGCAAAUUAUUUUAUAGAAAAAGAUUUACAAAGAGGCAUUCCAACACAACAUGAGUACAAUUAUUCUGAUGCUAAUGGUGAGACUACUCAUGCGUAUGAUGGAAAUUUUCACAAGAAUAGAGAUGGUAUUAUGACAAGAAAGGGAUCGUCAGUUUCAUCAAGACAUGAUCUGCUAUCCAGCAAUUGCCAACAUGAAGAAUGGCAUGCUGAUUUGUUUGGUUGUUGUUCACAACCUUACCUUUGUAUGAAGACAUUUUUCUGCCCUUGUUGGACAUUGUCAAAGGUUGCUUCUGUUGCUACCAACAGGCAUGUGUCUUCAGCAGAUGCAUGUAACGAGUUGAUGGCAUAUUCUUUGGUGUUCUCAUGCUGUUGUUACACUUGCUGUUUCCGAAGAAAACUCCGGAGUAUGUUAAAUAUCAAGGGUGGACUUAUUGAUGAUUUUCUUUCUCACUUCUUGUGUUGUUGUUGUGCACUUGUUCAAGAAUGGCGAGAAGUUGAAAUGCGUUGUGGUCCAGAGAACACAAAAACGAUCCCUCCACCAUUGCAAUACAUGGAAUCUUAAGAGGUAAGCCAAAGCAUAUUCUAGUCCCCUUGGAAAGUUAAUAUACUUGAUUAACCUGGACGCUUCCAUGUAAAUUGUAAAAUAAACAUUGCUUGGUGUCAUUGUAAUUCAUUAACCUGGUGUAAGGUUGACCCUCUUUCUCUUCUCCUUUAUUCACUGUACAUAGUGUUAUAAAUACUCUCAAAUAGUGAACAUUUCAUUGUGUAUAAAAUAGAAAGAAGCACCUGUAGACUGUAUAAUAGAGUUUCAUGGUUCAUGGAAGGAUUUGAACUCUAUAUUGUGAA